CUGGCAUCGGCUGCGACUCAUCGCACAGCCACGAGAGGGCACCAGCCAUGCUCAGAAAGGCCAGGCGGCCACACCGCACGUCGGCAUUCGCCCCACUCACCCCGCCCGCCUCUCGAAGAAGGCCGCGAAGACCUUUGUUUGUGCAGCAAAAGACUGCGGACACAUCCCUCUCGGAGUACCCCUCAUCGUUUCCUCCCCCUCCCCCCCACUGGCCCAACGCCAUCACGCCUUUCCCCAAGCAGCCCGACAAACCGCGAGAGGUCGGCAGAGACCUAUGGCUGGCGGAGCUGAUCGGACGGCAGGACGCCGCCAAUAGAUGGCAGACUGUUGGUGCGGUGGAGCACCCGGACCUGGUGCUGGGGAUGCGGCACAGGCGGCUGGGCGGCGGGCGGAAGAGGGACGAGAGCAAGGGGGUGGCGGUGAGCGAGGUGUGCCUGGGCACCAGCCACAUCGGGCAGGAGCACCUCAUCGACAGUGGGGACGCCAUUGAGCAGCUCGAUGUCGCCGUCGAUGAAUAUGGGAUCAACUUCUUGGUACGGCACACACGCACACAUAGGCAGACAAACAAGACACACACGGGGAUGGCAUACACACAGACACACAAUAUACUAUAUGCCGUCUGUCCGUCAUGUCUGUGUGCAGGACAUGGGUGACAACGAGCCGGUGCCCAGCCGGCCGCAGUUCAAGGGCAAGGGGCACGAGCUCAUCGGCAAGUGGAUCAAGGACAAGGGUGGGGCGGCCUUCAGGGAGAGGCUGGUGCUGUCCGGCCGCAUUGCCACAUCGGAGACUCUCGUGAGGCAGCCACACCCACCCGCGCAAACCAGGCAGGAUCGGAAGCGUCCUGGGCCGCCAAUGACCAGGUAAGCAAAGCGUGCUGGGAGUGUCUCGACAUGACCGACAUUUUUAUGUCUCUGUGUUUUCACAACUUGCCUUUUGCUGCAGGGAGAGGAUUCGCGAGGCUGUUGAUGGCUUCCUGGGUCGUCUGGGUACGGAUUAUCUGGACGUCGUGAGCCUCAGCGCCCCCGAUCGCUACACGCCCAUGACAGAGGAGGGAGAGGACACAUACUGCUACGGGGUGAGCAGAGCAGCCAACUAACACAACACCCAUCCCGUCUCUUGGUCCUGUGUGUCGGUGUCAUGUGUGUGGUGGGUGUGGUGGGUGUGUUGUGUCAGUAUGAGCAUGAUUCUCUGUCCAUGGAGGCCACACUCGAUGCGUUCGAGGAGCUCGUCAAGGAGGGCAAGGUAGGUGUGUAUCACCUCAUCCAUCAUCAUGGGGGUGUAAUGCUCACACCCUGCCCUGCCUGACCUCACUCACCUUCUGGUUUUUGGCCAGGUGAGGCACAUAGCCGUGUCGGAGGAGACCCCAUGGGGCCUCUUCAAAUUCGCUUCAAUGGCAGAGCAGGUCACACAGCCUCACACCAAGCCCACACGGAGUCCGCACCCAAUCAAGACGCUCCUUCGUCUUGGCCUUUGUCUUUUCGGUUCACAGCGUGGUUUGCCGUUGGUGUUUAGCCAGCACGUCUACAACAUCAUGAACAGGAACCACGUGGAGUCGUCUGGCCUCGCCGAGAUGGCCGGCACCCGGCAGAUGAACGUGCCCCUCGUCGGCUACUCGCCACUCGCCGGCGGAUUCCUCACUGCGAAAUACCUGGACCCAGAACGGUCCCCAACACGCACAGAACCUAUAACCAUACCCUUCUCCUUCACAAAUUGGUCUCUCUUUGUCUCUCUCUGUGCUGUGCGCCUGUGCGUAUGUGUGUGUGUGUCAGUUGGAAUCUGAAGGGCCCGACGUUUGUGCCGCAGGAGGGGACAUUCCCCUCGUUUGUGGAGGAGUGGCAGGACCUGCAGCCGGAGGACUGGGGGUUCAUCUCUUACGGGCCGGAGACCGGCAAGCUCAACAGGUACAAGGGCUGGUACGAGGCCUACAGGGCGUCGGUCUUCGCCCACAUGCACCUGGGCAAGCUACUCAAGACGGCACGCAGCCACGGAUACGCUAUGUGGCAGCUGGCACUCGCCUGGUGCUAUUCACGACCAUUCGUAAGCCACGCCACACACUCGACAGACACGCAGGCAGAUAUUCAGGCGGGUGGCGUCAUGACAUGCACUGUCUGAGUGUGUGUGGUGGUUGCUGUCUGCACUGCAGAUGGGUUCGACUAUUAUCACUCCUCGGACACUGGGGCAGCUCAGGUGAAUUCUGCUGUUGUCAGUCACCCCAACACUCACCACACACGUCAAUUGACGUCUGUUGUCUGUCUGUCUGUCUGUGUGACGGUGCAGGGACUCUAUCCGUGCCCUGAACUUCCCCAUCACGCCAGAGAUCGAGCAAGACGUCCAUGAGGUGGGUGACACGACAACAACAACAACAACAACAUCCAUACAGCUCUCGCGCACGCACACGUGCCCACACGGACCACUGGGUGUUUGUCCAUCCCCCCCCCCCGAAUGCAGAUCUUCCUCCGUUAUCGGGCGCCAUCUGGUGUGGGCCCCUACUACGGCACCGAGCUGGUCGACAAACCGCUGGCGCAGUCCGUCUACAUCAACUGGAAGUGAGCCACGCCACACAUGCACUCACUGCACACAUAGCACAGAGAGAGGGCAUCCUCGGUCCUCUCUGUGUGGGUGUGGGUGUGUUUCACAUGUGACACAGGGAGACCCCGAUAUGGAGCGGAGGGUCCUACCACCCGAAGCUGAUGGUAUGUAUGGUCAGGCACACGCAGCGCACACAUGACCCACCACCUGUCUGUCUGUCCGUCUGUCUGUCUGUCUGUCUGUGUGCAUUGAUUGCAUUGGUCAAUGUGUCGGUGUGUCCCCUGCACUGCACUGCACUGCAGAGCCUCCCACCAACGAGUGUGUCCCGCGUUCGACGAGAGAGAGCCCUCAACUUCCACGAAACAUACGUAUGUACGACGCGAUAGGGACGGCAAAGGUCCUUCGUGGGGUGGUGGCUUGGCUGCAUGGCAUGUGUGCUGUCCUCUGGGCUACCUCUCUAUGUGUGUCCGUCACGUGUGACCGCCCCGACCUAUCUAUCUAUCGCUCUCAGGACCAGGUGCUGGCGAUGACGGGUCAGUACGACGACCCCACCGACGAGAACAAGGCCAACAUGCGCCUGUGGCGGGAAAUGCUCGAGGAAGGCAGACCAGGUACUAAGUAACAGGACAGCACACAGGUGUGCCUCCAUAUCUCUGGGCGCUUCGUGUCUCAUUCACAGGUGAGUUCUUUGCCGUCAAGGACGCCAAGCUGUUUGGGUGGGACACAAAGACCCCCGACUACUUCAACUGGCGCAACCUCACUCGCGAGGAGCGGAUCGAGCAAAACACCGACCACUUCGAAAUCAUCUGGACAGGCGGACAGGUGACAGACGAUGGGAUGCCGAGUGCACUGCACUGCACUGCACUACUGACACACACGACGCGGCUGCGCCAUCAAUGAAUGUGUGUGUGUGUGUGUGUGUUGUGAGUGUGCAGGUCAAGAAAGUCAACGCCACCUGGGACCGGUCGUACGUCUACACGGACGCCAACGUCCGAGACAUUUACCGAGAGUGAGUCAGUGAUCCAGGCACUGAUUGCAAUCAAUGCAGGUGGACGUCCGGCAGGACGGACCCUUGGAUGGAUGGGUGGAUGGAUGGCUGCACACACGUCUCUCCGUCUGUCUGUCGGUCUGUCGGUGUGUGUCUCUUGGUUGUAUUUCAGUGAGAUCAACAAGUGGCAGGACUUCAGCCAAUACCUCCACAAGGUAGGUAAAAAUCAAUCAACACACCUCCAGUCAGUCUCCCACACGGCGGACGGAUGUGUCCACCGUCUGUGUGUGUGUGUCGGUCAGUUUGCGCCUCCCACCGCGGGUGCGCCCGUGUUCAACGAGCUGGACCCCGACCUCAUCAUCAAGAAACUCGAUGAGAAAUGGGGAAUCGACCUCUACGACACUGAGGUCAGUGAAGUGAACAACAAUAGUGUGCUCUCUCCUCAGGACUGAAAUGAAUGAUGCACAUCUGACCAUUCCUCCCUGUCUGUCUGUCUGUCUGUCUUGUGUGUGUGUGUGUGUGUAGAUGUUGGAGCGUCUUCGUGAGUCCAACGGGUUGAGUGCGGAGGAGUGGGAGACGUUCGCCCACUGGGACACGACACUCAACAAGAGGCACCAAAUCCUCGACGACAAUGUCUUCUUCGGAGAGGAACACUAGACAGCCACAUACAACACAAACAUGGACAACAAAGCAUCCAGAGCGACGUGUCAACAGCCACGCAGGCAGGCACUCGUGGUGGCCGGGGGUGGGAUGUGCCUUGCCGAUCAGAUCAAGUGUGUGCGCCAGCUGCUGGGCCGACCGCCACUCACUACCGGUAGUGAGUGCGGCUCUGUGUGUGUUCUCUGGAAAUGUAGACAGAAAUGUGUGCACAGCCACGUGUAAGAUGUACGUAUACUGGUGCAAUGCAUGUGUGAAGGCAUCGGUGGUCCGUCCACCCGUUCAUCCACCAAGUGAGUACCUGCAUGACACAAUGGGUCACACAGAGACUCGACCCAUGGAUGGGACUCGACAACUCAUGUGUGAACUCUUGAAUGAGC